GGUGGAAUCGAACUCAAAAAUCUUGGUUCUGGAUUUCAUUUUCAUACAAAGGUAGCGUGAAUCUCAUGCAUUGAAGUAUGUGGCCAUGCUUCCAUGGCGACAGCAUGUCUCAUGUAUUUGUCAAGAUGGGACCAUGCACCCGUUCAAAGCUUCGAGCUUUUUAGUAUGUGUGUGUGUAAGUAGAAAAUUUACUAAAAUUAAAGAAAUUUGUUGGGGAGAGGAAGGGAAGAAAGAAAAUUAGGGCAUUACACACGUCGAUUGAUUUCCCCAUUAGCCGCUUCUGCGAUCUGUCACUUGCCGCUGAUAGUUUUUGUGGAGGAGGAGGAAAAAAAGAGAUUUGCGUGAAGCGGUGAAAGCAGAAAAGGUCUUUCCUUUUCGUCUCUGCAGAUUUCUAGGGUUGGAUUCCUACCUUCUUACCUUUCAUGGGUCUCCUCUGAUUCUGUAGUUUUUGGGUCAGAGGUUAGGGGUGUUCUCUCCCAUCACCGCAGGCGUUUGAAUCUCGUUAUUUUUUUCUUGGGGCCGCGAGAUUUAGAUUUCGGAAAAUGGGUGACUGGUAUCAGCUCGUUCAGUCGAUCGUCUUGGGUUUGAUCUUCUCUUACCUUCUCGCGAAGCUGAUCUCCGUCGUCGUCGCGUUUAAAGACGACAACCUCACCGUCACGCGCCACCGCCAAAUCCCAUCGGAGGAGGACUCUCGCCGAGUCGAAUCCGUCGCCGGCGGCGGAGACGCUGAUUCGCUCGUGGCGGAGCAGGGGAGCGUGAGGGCUGAGAGCGCCGGCGGCGGCGGAGACGACGAGGAUGAAGACGAAGACGACGACUGGGAAGGCGUGGAGAGUACGGAACUGGACGAGGCGUUUAGCGCUGCAACGGCGUUUGUGGCGACGGCGGCUUCGGACAGGUUAUCGCAGAAGGUACCUAACGAUGUUCAGCUUCAGCUUUACGGAUGGUUCAAGAUUGCUACAGAAGGUCCAUGUACUUCUCCGCAGCCAUCUGCUCUCAAAAUCACUGCUCGUUCCAAGUGGCAAGCAUGGCAGAAGCUGGGUGCUAUGCCUCCUGAGGAAGCCAUGGAGAAGUACAUUGAGAUUGUCACUCAACUCUACCCAAAUUGGGCCACUGGUUCUGUGGGUAGAAGUCGGGAUGGUGAUGGCCCAAGCUCCGACACGAGAGGAUCAUCGAUGGGGCCAGUUUUUAGCUCACUGGUGUACGAGGAGGAAUCUGAAAAUGAGUUGAAGAUGGAUGCCAUCCAUGCCUUUGCUAGAGAAGGAGAAGCCGAGAAUUUACUGAAAUGCAUUGAAAGCGGCAUUCCCGUAAAUGCAAGGGACAGUGAAGGCCGGACUCCAUUGCAUUGGGCUAUAGAUCGUGGCCACCUCAACGUUGCCGAAGCAUUGGUUGAUAAGAAUGCAGAUUUGAACGCAAAGGACAAUGAAGGGCAAACCCCUCUGCAUUACGCUGUUAUGUGCGACAGAGAAGCCAUAGCCAAGUUUCUGGUGAAGCGGAAAGCAGAUACGACCCUUAAAGAUGAAGACGGAAACACCCCUCUCGAUAUAUGUGAAUCAGACUGGACCUGGAUGCAUGAUUAAAAGAAGAAAACUGAACUAACACUCUGGCCUUUGCCUUGUGGGGAAUCUUUACUAGUUUCAGUCCUAAUUGUGCAUGUACAUGAGUAUGAACAAGAAGCUCUUCAUUCAUGUCUUCCUCCUGCGUUUCCCCGCCAUGAAACAAGUGUAGAACUUGGAUGUUUCAAGGUGUUUUUGUCGGCUCAUGUUCGAGCAAAUCUUGGGUUUUUUUUUUGUCAGGUUCAUGUUGUUUGGAUGAUAAUUUGGAUACAGAGUGGUGAAAUUUAAUUUUAUUCCAUUCAUGGGCUAUA